AUGGAAGACCUGCUCAGUGAAGAGCUUGGUCUCGACAAUGACAGCGCGCCAACAAACACGCUACCUGAAGGAGACAAAAACGAGAAGACUCAAGCUGAGGCUGCCCCAUCAGAUAAUGCUGAUCGCGGCAUCGAAGACGACAUUGAGAGGGAGCUCGCCGAACUAGCAGGUCAGAGUGUGGCCGGGGAGAAGCGGAAAAGGCCAUCUGAAACAACCAGCGGAGAAGCCGAUUCAGCCAGCAAGACGGCUAAGCUUGGUUUGGUGACACUCGAUAUUCCCUGCGUCUCCUUUGUGCGCUUUCCGCUGGGGUUUGAGCACGAGCCUGUGAGUGUCGUGACAAAGAUCUGUCGCGAUGCGGAGUCACAGCCCGAGCGUCAACGCAGUCGCUUCAUCAAGCGCCUCACGCCACUGAGCCGGGUGCGCAAGGUGAUGAGUGGUGGUGUCGAGGAGCUGUGCAAAGAUGUAUUGCCACCGGUAUUCGGUGACGGCCAGCCACGGAAGUACGCCGUCAGAGUGACGGUGAGGAACAACAACCAGGUCGAGAAGGAUCAGAUCAUCAAGACUGUUGCAGGGGCGGUAAGAGAGCUUGGCUUGGUGGGUGGAGAUGACGCGGAAAGCAAGCAUAAGGUGUCGCUGAAAGGGUACGACAACCUGGUCUUGGUAGAGAUCUAUCGGAAUGUGGUAGGCAUGUCGGUGGUAGGAGACGAUUGGGAACGACUGAGAAGGUUCAAUCUUAGUGAGAUCUAUGCCGAGGGGAGAAAGGCGAAGAACGACUCGGAGAGUCAGAGGAAACCUGCUGUCACCGAGGUGCAAUCUGCUGAUUAG